CGAAACCCCGCCCCCAACUCAGCGGGGACUCUGUCCCUAGGCCCAGGAUCUUCCUAAUGCACCAUCCCAGCCAUGCCCGACCCUGGGUUUUGCAAGAAAAGACCCCUGAGCAGCAGCGCAGCCUCCUGGAGAAUGCAAGCUCCCACCUGGCCUAGGCCCGGACCGGAGGGGCAAUGGAACAUUCCACUGCCUUCCGGGAGCGGGGGAGGAAACAGGCAGAGCGAUCCAUUUAGGCCCGUGGGGAGAGGAAGAAGCGGCAAACAUAUCCUGGGAAUCGAGAGAAGGCCAGUCCAGACCCUGCUGCACCAGCGACCCGAGGGUCCGAUUUCCUGGCCUUGAUUUGCCCCACUUCCCAAUUCAGGCGUCCCGCUCCGCUGAGGAACAUGAAGUUCUCUUUCCCCCAGGCUGGGGGGUGGGGGGGAAGGGCGCUGGAGAAUAGGCCGGGGAAAGGCAACCCUCCGCAUUUCGUCCUCCGCCGGAUCGGGGCUGAAGCCAGCGCAGGCGGCCCCCACCCCACCCCUACCCGCCCGCUGGCCGGCCCCAGGUCAGCGUCUUACAACUCUUCAUUAUGAAGUGUGUGUAGUGCCCUUGUCUCCAGGGACGCGAAGAGUCCUCGAGGCCCCUCGAGCUAAGAGUGCAGCCUGGCCCAGUUUCUCCUGGCCUACUCUACUCGGCUCCCGGUAUACGACCCACCUUCAAGGGGCGGAGGGCCCCCGGGGCAGCGCUGACUCACGCUCGCGUAGUUUCCACCCGUCUUUCAACUUGAGGGACCCCCACAAUCUGCCCUUAGCUGGGAGCUCCUGUGGGCGGCUUCCGACGCAGACCCUCGCACCGCAUGCAGACUCCCGAGCUCCAGGCGCCCCGCACCUCCGCCUGUGACCCCUUCCCGAUACCUGGGUAGGCUUUCACUUAGCAUUUAAAGGCGCUUCCCUUGAGGAAAAAGGAUUUCGAAGCUUGUCUGAAUCCCUCCCUCUAUUCACAAGGUCUUCGCAGGUCUAAAGUCUCAAUAAAACCGAUUUGUGCCCCGGGGUGUGUGAUGUGAGGGUGGGGUGGCGGUAGGGGGUCAGGAGCGAACCCGAACGACUUGGAAACCAGAACGACCAGUUUGGGGCCGUGACCUAAAUGUCUGGAGCCUAGGACUGGUCCAGGCGAGGGCCUCAGCUCUGUAGGCUCCGCGUGGACCCAGAGGGGAAGGACACAGCCGGGGAGGGCGACUGCCUCAGGCGGGGGAUGGGGAGUACUAAUCUGAAGGUGGAGGCCGGGGAGGGUUAAUGAUUCCCCGAUUGUGUUUUUGCAAAAAGCCCAACUCCUGUAAGUCUCAGUAGUACCUUCACCUUCCCUCCCUAUAUAAGCGCUCCCAAGAUACGACGAACAAAUAAAAGACCGGAAUUACAGCUGUGCUCGGACCUCCCCCUCCACCACCACCACACACACUCCUGUCGAUUCAGGAGGUGGCGUCGCGUCUUGGCAGGGGUGGUGGGUGGGUCGCUGGGAUUUUAAAAAAUAGAUCUGAACACUGACGCGCCCAGGAACUCUAAGAAGCCCAAUUAUCAAAGGGGGAAAGGGAGACCAAGCACAUAUUCCCAAAACGGAGUUGCCAGAAAGGAGCUGAUCCAUCCCCUCCUUCUCCCAAAGUGCUCAGCUCCUUCAGCCUGGAGGAAAAGGUAUCUCUGUAUCCCCCAAGCUUCCGCUCUGUCCUCCCACCCCCACUCCCCCAGCCACAGGCCCAACUCCCGCUGAACCACUAUAGACCCAAGCCUCCCACUUUACCUGCAGUUCACCCCAGGCCAUAACCCUGGGAACUCUUCAAGCCAUCUCAGGUCUCAGCUCUGCAGUUCUCCCUCAUACACAGUUAUCUUUCCUAAGUGGGGGAAAGUAGAGCUAAGGAUUUGGAAGAAGAUCCUGAGAACUUGCAGGGACUCUGAGGGAAGCUGAGGAGGGGGGCCCCUGACUAGGGUGAACCAGAUCCAGUGGGGACUGGGGUACUGAAUCCACUGAGCACCAGCUCACUUCCUCCCAUGAUAUAAUCACUACAGCCAGCCUUAGAGGGGAAGACUCGAGAGAGUUCUCCCUCCCUCCUUCCCUCUCUUGGUCCCACCCGCCUUGCCUGGUCUUGCUUGCCUCCCUGUUUCCAUGACAACUCCAAGGGAGCCCAAACUGGGGGCUUGAAUGCCGGGGUGAGAGGAGGAGAGACAGAGUGAGGGGACCUCGGAAACUCUCCCCCUCCCUCUCCUCGGUCCCUUUAAGCUCCCCCCCCCUCCGCUCUCCCUCCGCCCCCCGCCGCUGUCUUCAUCUCUUCAUCUCUGUGCUGCUGCCGGCUGCGCAAUCUGCACACCGAGACUCCGACGCCAGCCAGGGACCCCGACUCCCGCUGCAGGGACCCUGUCCCAGCCAGACCACAGGCAUGUCAUCGGAAAAGUCAGGCCUCUCAGACUCAGUCCCCCACACCUCUCCACCACCCUAUAAUGCCCCCCAGCCCCCGGCCGAACCCCCCGCCCCUCCCCCACAGGCAGCCCCUUCCUCUCACCAUCACCACCACCACCACUACCACCAGUCCGGCACCGCCACCCUCCCGCGCUUAGGGGCAGGCGGCCUGGCUUCUUCCGCGGCCACUGCUCAGCGCGGUCCCUCAUCUUCCGCCACUCUGCCGCGGCCACCACACCACGCCCCGCCCGGCCCGGCCGCCGGGGCGCCCCCACCCGGCUGCGCUACCUUGCCCCGCAUGCCACCCGACCCUUACCUGCAGGAGACUCGCUUCGAGGGCCCGCUGCCCCCGCCGCCGCCAGCCGCCGCCGCGCCGCCCCCGCCGGCGCCCUCUCAUGCUGCCCAGGCUCCGGGCUUCGUGGUGCCCACGCACACGGGGGCGGUAGGCGCGCUGCCACUGGGGGGCUACGUAGCCCCUGGCUACCCCUUACAGCUGCAGCCUUGCACUGCCUACGUGCCGGUCUACCCGGUAGGCACGCCCUAUACAGGCGGGACCCCGGGGGGAACAGGAGUAACCUCCACGCUCCCCCCGCCGCCCCAGGGCCCAGGGUUGGCCCUGCUGGAGCCGAGGCGCCCGCCGCACGACUACAUGCCCAUCGCGGUGCUGACCACCAUCUGCUGCUUCUGGCCGACGGGCAUCAUCGCCAUCUUCAAGGCCGUGCAGGUGCGCACGGCCUUGGCCCGCGGAGACAUGGUGUCUGCCGAGAUCGCUUCACGCGAGGCCCGGAACUUCUCCUUCAUCUCCCUGGCGGUGGGUAUCGCAGCCAUGGUGCUCUGUACUAUCCUCACCGUAGUCAUCAUCAUUGCCGCGCAGCACCACGAGAACUACUGGGAUCCGUAACGACUCGCCCGGCCCGGCCCCACCCCGCGCCCCUCAACCUCCCAAGCGCGUUCUGCAGCCACGCCGCGGAUCCAGUGGGUGCCCCGCACACCUGCCUCUGGGGCCACCAAAUUUCGAUACAUCCUAAACUCGGCCUCCACGGAACUUCUCGCCUUGCGGGCACGCUCCGAAUCCAGUUCCUCAGGAACCCCGAAAAAACCCCCACCCCCAGAAAUACCACUUCCCAGGAUCCCCGCCAAAUGCCCGACCCUCAGUCACUCCAGUCCCCCGCCGCCUCUAAAUGCAGCGCCCCCAGCCGAGCUCCUUUGGUCUCCGCUCCCCAGCCGGAGACUGGUCCCCAAAGCCCCGCCUCCUCUGUAGGCUCCGCCCCGGCUCCAACAAAACCCCGCCUCCAGGUCGGCAGGCUCCGCCUUCUUUUCGUCCCCGCGGGGUGAUUCAGUCCAGUGAUUGGGUUGUGGCCGUAGGCCUCUCCCCACACUGACAAACUCCUCCCCUUCUCCUGGCGCAGGGACCCAGCCCCGGGUAGCCACGCCCCCACGCUCUCUCAUCUUUUCGUAGUACAGUUUUGUCUCCACCCGGUCUCUUCCUAUUUUCUUGCUAAUCCCAGAACCUCUACUUUUGGUAUUUUUGGAAUGAGAUUUGGGAGGUUCCCAGUUUAGGACCUUUCACCCUGGGAUGACGAAAGCCCCCUUUCUCUGUAAAUAUUCCCUUCCACCUGUCCCAACCAGUGGGCAGCUGGGCAGAAGGUAACCCAGCGUACGGACCUCCCAGCGUCGGAGGAGCCAGCCCGCUCCCCGCUCCCCUCGGCAGUCCCCACCUUGUUCUGAUUUGUGUGUGAGUGUGUGUGUGAAUUUCUGAAAGAAUAUUAAAGAGACUAAGUGGAUUUAUCACCCGCAA